AUGGUCGAAUACCUUCUACGCAAUGGAGCAGAAAUCGAUUGCACAGCGAGGAAUGGUUUCACGCCAUUACACAUUGCUGCCAAGCAGGGAAACCAUGAGCUAGCCAGCCUACUUCUUGUUCAUAAUGCCAGUGUGGAUGCAAUCUCUCGAGGCGGCUAUACUCCAUUGCACUUCGCUGCCCGUGAGGGAAAUGUGGAACUUGUUAAGAAACUGCUUCAUGACUACUCGGCCAAGGUUAACGCGGUGGCCAAGGUGAGAAAUAAAGAUCGUCUUGCUUGCGUUGAAGUGCUCCUGGCUGCUGGCGCGGACGUAUAUGCAACCUCAGCCAUCAGUGGCUUCACUCCGCUCCACAAUGCCGCCUAUCAAGGCCAUCUGGGCGCUGUACGCUGCCUGCUAAGCUCACUUGGCGACGAGGAAGAUGCUCGUGCCGAACUGCUAGCCAGUCGAACACGAUCCGGCUCCACUGCUUUGCAUCUGGCAGCCCAGCAGGGCUGUAUGCAAGUAGUCAACAGACUCCUCGAAGCUGGGAUAAAUCCCAAUGCCAGAAAUCUGGUAUGUCGUUGA